AAUUGGCCUGCAAUGGCCGAAGCGGACAACAGUUCGGGAUUAAAUAAACGAACAAAGAGCGGCUGUAAAAAAAGCAAGACACUCUCGUUGAGUUCCAAACACGUUCUGCGACGAAGACAGCCACCCAAAUUGGAGAAAAGCGUCGGAAUUAUUUAUGUCAACAAUAAAACUCCUUUGAAGGCGCAAUUGUACAAAUGCGAAAAAUUGCUUGACAAAGGCGUGUCCGAGCUGACUAUCAAUGGUCUCGGAGCUGCGGUUUACAAAGCGGUCAAUUUAGCAUUGCGAUUGAACCAAGUUCAUCAUGGAACUUUACAACUUGAUGUUACAACUUCUACGGUGUCUUUAGUAGAUGAAUUGGAAGCCCAAACUGACGAUGGAGACGAUGAAAUAAACACCAGACAAAACUCCGCUAUACGCAUACAUAUUUCCAGAAAAUUAUUCACAGAAAAUUAUUCUUGGCCGUAUUGAGAAUUAAUUUUGGAAACAAACUCCGACACUCUGAUUCCGCAAAACAAUAUGUGUUUAAGUAAUAAAAACUGUGCAUAAUAGAAUAAAAUAAAUUUUAUUAUCUAG